UUUAUAAAAGUGGAAUAAUCUUUUAAAGCAAUAGAAUUUUCAUGUGGCCUACAUUGUUUUUGAAAAGCAGAAAAAACUUUCUGCUUACUUUCAGUGUGACCUUCAAUAACAAAAAUAGCAAAGUUAAAAUCUGUAUAUAGUUAAUGAACUACUUCUGAGCUCUUAUGCAAUCGUAAAUAUGAUACAUUCCAUAUCAUAAGGACAUACAGAGCCAAACCUAAUGCUCGGUUACUGCCAAUAUCUCUUUGGUAUCAACAGAUUUGACCCCUCACAGGAAAUUAAUUGGAAUGAGAUUAUAUUUCUAAAGUAAUCUGUUUAAGUGCAGGGAUCGCUGUAGUCAGGCAUAUUGUAAUUAAUAUAAGAUCAUUAUUAUGUCUCCAGGGCCUCUGAGCCUUUUGACCAGCUGUCAUUAAUAAGCAGACUCUUAUUUUUCUACAUUUUAAAUGCCGAUUUUAAGUCAAAAUUACUUUUUUUGCCUAAUUUAGGUAUUCUCUUGUGCAUGUUCAUCUGUUUGCACGCCGAUUUAUGCUAUUGUUGUGUAGCUACUUAUUUGGAGAGUCUAGGAGAGUUCCUAACAGCAACCUCAACACACCAACCCUACCCAUACCUCAAACUCCACCCUUAUACAACCACCACCCUAUCCUCAACCAUACGGUUACCCUUAAUCCCCUUGCCCCAUCCUUAUUCCUAAUAGCAACCUUAUCCCACCAAUCUCACCCAUACCCCACCCUUAUAUGACCACCUCCACCCUUACCUUAACCCCACCUACCCUACCUGAAUACUUAAUCCCCUUACCCCCACUUUUAUUCCUAACAGAACCCUAAACCCACCAACCUCACCCUUACCCCAUCCUUAUCCUUAAUCCCCUUGUCCCACCCUUAUUUCUAAAUGCACCCUUAACCCACCAACACCACCAGUACCCAAAAUCCCACCCUUAUAUAACCUUAUAUAAAUAAUGACAGCUGGCCAAAAGGCCCAGGAGACAUCAGUUAUCGGUUAUAACCACCUUCACCCUAAUCUCAACCCCACCCUUAAUCCCCUUGCACCCACCCUUAUUCCUAACAGCACCCUCAACCCACCAACCCCACUCAUACCCCAAAACCCCACCUUUACCUCAACCUCACCCUUACCCCACCCUUAUCCUUAAUCCCCUUGCCCCACCCUUAUCCCUAACAGCACUCUUUACCCACCAACCCCCCUGGUCCCCAAAUCCCCACCCUUAUUCUUUCCAGCACCCUCAACCCACUCAUACCACAAACCCCACCCUUAUAUGAACACCUCUACCGUUACCUUUAACCCUAUCUUUACCUUUAAUCACCUUGCCCCCACUUUUAUUCCUAACUGCACUCUCAACCCACCUACCCCACCCUUACCUCAACCUUGCCCCAUCCUUAUUCCUAACAGCUCCCUCAACCCACCCAUACCCCAAACCCCACCCUUAUAUGACCACCUCCACCCUUACCUUUAACCAUAUCUUUACCUUUAAUCACCUUGCCCCCACUUUUAUUCCUAACUGCACUCUCAACCCACCAACCCCACCUGUACCUCAAACCUUACCUUUAUACGAUCACUUUCACCCUUACCUCAACCCCACCCUGACCCACCAGAUCCACCCUAUCUGUUAUGUUAUAUCUACAUGAUUCAAUUAAUUCAACAGCACUUCUUCCACUUGACUGUACAGUGUUAAAGAAACUUUAGAGAAAACAUUUUAGUAAAAUAAAGUUAUCCAAAAUGCACCCAGUGUAUAACAGUAAAAAAUCAAUUUUACAAUAGUUUCUGUCAUAUAUUUUCUUUGGGGGGGGGGGGGCGCAAAGGAAUGUGCCAUACACAAGGGGGGCCGCACGCUGAAAAAGUUUGAGAACCACUGUUGUAAAUGGCAAUUUAUGUUGACUUAAAUGAUGUAUGAGGUGAGAGAAAUACAUUGUUUAAGUCUGUCUGAUGAAUGAGAUUUCUAUAACACCAGUGGAAGUACUGUAUGGAUGAAAGUAAACUGCAGGACCAGUGAAAGAUGUGCUCCCUCUUCUAUGAAGUGGAACUGAAACUUUUGUUGUGAAACUUUUAUGAAAUCACUUGUUAUGUACUUUCAGUAAGAGGUAAUCUAAAUUCAGACACACGUUUUAUUUUGGGACCUUUUGGUGAGGUUUUGUGAGAUAAGUCUUAAGUUGUCCUCACUGAUUCCUCUCUGUUUUCCUGUAGUUUUCUUGUGCCCAGGGCUCUUGCGGGGCGUUAAUCAGAGUGAACAUUUGAUUGAAUCGGACCACAAGGCUGGCGCUUGGUGUAAAGACCCAUUGCAGGCAUCCGAUAAGAUCUAUUACAUGCCCUGGACGCCGUAUCGGACAGAUAGUCUCGCCGAAUACUCCAGCAAAGAGGACUUUAUUGCCGGACGACCCACGACAACUUAUAAACUGCCCCAUCGGGUUGACGGCACAGGGUUCGUCGUUUACGACGGGGCUCUUUUCUUCAACAAGGAGCGGACACGGAACAUCGUCAAGUUUGACCUGCGUACCCGCAUCAAAAGCGGCGAGGCCAUCAUUACCAGUGCAAAUUACCACGGUGUGUAUCCAUACCGCUGGGGUGGGAAAUCCGAUAUCGAUUUGGCAGUGGAUGAAAACGGUCUUUGGGUGAUUUACGCCACUGAACAAAACAACGGACAAAUUGUGAUCAGCCAGCUGAAUCCGUACACGCUUCUGGUAGAGGGAACGUGGAAUACCGCUUACGACAAACGCUCCGCCUCCAACGCUUUUAUGAUUUGUGGAAUUUUGUACAUCAUAAAAACCGUCUACGAAGACGACGACAGCGAAGCCACUGGGAAUAAAAUCGACUACUUCUACAACACAGAGCUGAGCAAAGACGGCUACUUGGACAUCCCUUUCCCAAACUCCUAUCAGUAUAUUGCUGCCGUGGAUUACAAUCCCAGAGAUAAUCUGCUUUAUGUCUGGAAUAACUACCAUGUGGUCAAAUAUACCCUUGAUUUUGGAAUGCUGCACAUCAGUCAAGGUUCCCCCUCUACAGUCAGUAGCCCCACCACUAUGGUCAGCGACCCUGCCAUUGCUGUCAGAGACCCCGCUGCUACGGCCGAAGACCCCGCCUCUCCAGUCAGCGACCUGACCACUGUGGCCAGAGACCCUGCCACUACAGUCAACAUUCCUGCCUGUAACGACUGAGCCAGAUCAGACACACAAUAACUUCUUAUAUUUCACAAAUAUAACUGCAGACCCUCACCCAACAAGCACGCUAGGCACCGGGGUCUGUAAAACCACCCCCCAAAUGGCUUUUAACACUUCAAAGCAGAACAGAUCUCUCGUGACUAUGGCAACACAUCAAGAUUUAGGGCUGUGCAAAAAUAUCGAUACAACUAACUAUCAAGUUUUUUUCCACGAUAGUGUAUCGGUAUUUCAAUCACUACUAUCGAUAUUUUAAACAAUGUAAUCAACCCUCUGUGUGUGUCAAACGACCACCUCCGCUGCUGCUGUAGUUGUCGCUGUCCAGUUGUCUGUCAUAUACGGCCAAUGUCGCAGAAGUUAGCGGGAGUGAAAAAAUGGCAGAAAAUGUAAAAACACCUGCAGCUUUAGUGUGGAUGCACUUUGGCCUAAAAAAAAAGUUAAAAGAAAAACUGCUCUUUUUUACAUUUUUGAUAUUGCAAUGUAUCGCAACUUGCAAAGUAUUGUAUCGUAUCACGAUACAUUGUAUCAUGACCCAUGCAUCGUGAUAUGUAUCGUAUCGUGAGGCCCUUGCCAAAACCCAGCCCUAUCAAGAUUAGAGCUUUAUGACCACAAAAGAAUGUGGGAGAUUUUGAGACAGAAAAAAUAAACUUUCUAUUUAGUCAUGCAUGUUUUCACUUAUAAAUGAAUAAGAUAUAUGUCUUAAUCAACUAUUUCUAAUCUCAUCAUGGAUUAUGUUCUUGGUGUUUACGUUAUAUCAGUAUAUUAACCCAAACUAGUUAGUCAAUAAAGUCUGAUUUGUAUCUCA